AUCGGCGACGCGUACAUGGUGGUGGGCGGGAUCCCCACACGGGCGCCGGACCACGCCACGCGCGUGGUAGGCCAGGCAAUCGACAUGGUCCGACUGGCGCGCGAGAUGGCCCACCCCUUGACUGGAGAACCGGUCCAGAUCCGGGUGGGCGUGCACACGGGCCCGGCCGUGGCCGGCGUGGUGGGCCAGAAGAUGCCCCGCUACUGCCUGUUCGGUGACACGGUGAACGUGGCCAGCCGGAUGGAGUCGCACGGCGUGCCCGGUCGCAUCCACAUCAGCGCCAACUGUAAACGGGGCAUCAACCAUCGCUUCAGGGAUCCUGACUAA